AUGAAUGUAGAUUCUAAAACUUUGAAUUCUCAAAUAAGAUCAACAAAUACUAAACAAAUUCUUAAUUUCUUCUCUUCAUAAGAAUUUACACCCGAAUUAUUGAUAUAUUAUUACAUGGCAACUUUUAACGAACCAGGGCCUCACUAAUAUUUAACUCAAAAAUUAUUAUAGAUGCCACAUACAUUCAUUGAAAAUUUUAUUCCUCAAUUCAGUUACUUAGCGAUUAAAAAGGGCAGCAAAAGCAUGGAAACAUUUUUGGAAACCUUAUGUUAAACAAGUAUCGCAAAUUUCCUUAAAAUCAGCUGGUGUAUUAAUGCCUAUUCUGAGAAUGAAAAGUAGAAUGAGGUUACUUGUAAACAAAUCGAAUUCUUUCAACGAAGACUAGAAAAGUCAAUGGUAAAUGGAGCCAUUAAAUAUAGUAAGGAAGAAAUACUAAAAAACAUGAAUAAUGUAGAAUUUCAAAUAUAAUUGUAAAACCAAUUCUCAGAAAAAGAAUUGAGAUCCAGCUAUAUAGGCAUGGUAGAAAAGUUAGUGAUGAAUUUGAUCAAGUUGUCCUUAACCCUUAAAUAAAUUGACCCUUCUGAAAGGAAACAUAAUCUAUUUAAGGAAAUUAAAAAUACCAAUAAAGCUUUAAAACGAUUAAGAAAUUAAUAUUCAGAAAUACCAUACUAUUGGGGAACUAUGUUACCUUUCCAAAGGAAAUACGAAGGUUAAGACCCCUCGAAUCUGAUUGUUAGGAUUUGUGAAGAAGGUCACGCAUGUUUCAAUACAAAAACUAGAGUUCCUUAUAGAAUUUUGGUUGAAACAAUUAGUGAAGAAGAAAUAAAACAAAAAUAAACAAAAUUAAAUUAGGAUGUCUCGACAGAUGUUGAUCAGGAUGAUCUAUUACAUAGAGAAAUAUCUGAUGAUCUUGAAUCUCAACUCAGAUAUCAUACUAAAUGUAAACUGGAAGAUACAAUUUUCAACUAACUUCCAAUUUAUAAAUAUGAUAAAUCAACUAAUUAUGAUGAUAGUUUACCAGAUUCUCCGAACAAACUUGAAUAGAAUUUAAUUUAGAAGUCUUCAUUUACUUCUCCUAAGAUUAAACGAAGAAAUUCUUGGUCGAGUCCUACAACCAUAACGGACUUUGCUGUUACUUUGACUGAAACAAAACAAAGCAAAGAAUGCGAUGAUUUAAAAAGGCAUUAAAGAUAGAGAACAUCUAUUAAUUUGCCAACUCCAUCAAAAAAUAAUUAAUUAUUGAAGGAGAUUAAUUUAAAAGAAGAAGAAUAUUUAUUAGAGUAAGAAAAGAAAAGUAAGGAAAGAAAGAAAAUUCUUGUGAAAAUGCAGGGACCUUGGGGAGAAGAUUGGGAUCAUAAGUUGGAAUUGAUAAAAGAUUAAUCUCCUUUUAAAGAAUUUGAAUCAUAUUAAAUUAGAGCAAUUAUGGUUAAAGGAGGAGAUGACUUAAGACAGGAACUUAUGGCUAUGUAAGUAAUAUAAAAAUUGGACUCAAUAUUUAAAGCAUCUGGAUUAAAUUUAUAUUUAAAGCCAUAUGAAAUUAUUGUAACAUCUGAAAAUUCUGGACUAUUAGAAUUUGUUCCUAAUACAAUAUCUAUGGAUGCAAUGAAAAAAUAUUUGAAAUCCAACAAGUUUAAGUCUUUGAGGGAAUUCUUUAAAUUCUAUUUUGGAGAAGAUUUUCAUUUUGCAUAGAGAAAUUUCAUUGAAAGCCUAGCUGGCUAUUCAUUAUUGACAUAUGUUAUGUAGAUAAAAGAUCGACAUAAUGGAAAUAUAUUAAUUGAUAAUUAGGGUCACUUAGUUCAUAUUGAUUUUGGAUUUAUUUUGUCGACUUCUCCAGGUAAUGCAGGAUUUGAAACAGCUCCAUUUAAAAUGACAUAAGAUUAUGUCGAAUUAAUGGAUGGAACUAGUUCUAAAGCAUUCAAAUAUUUCACAGAAUUAAUGAUUUCUGGAUUCCUAGAAUUAAGGAAAAGCUUUGCUGCUUUAUUAUAAAUUAUUGAACUGAUGAUGGAGAAAAGCAACUUUCAUUGUUUUUCUAACUUUGAUAUUAAGGAAUUUAAAGAUCGAUUCAAGUUGCAAGAUAGUGUUGAAAAAUGUAAAAAGAAUGUUAUAACAUUAAUUAAUGACAGCAUCAGUAAUAAGAGAACAUAUUGUUAUGAUAAGUUUUAAUAACUUACAAAUGGAAUUUGUCCAUGA